UCUUCCCUGUGCACUAGCAUUGAUGCUGGUCAUACAGACCCAGCUGUAUUAAUGGAAGAAAUUGCACAACUGAAGGACGAUCUGGUAAAAACUGAAGCAGCCGCUCGAACAACUCAGUCGAAGUUGGAACGUCAACUGGUCGAGGCAGAAGAGGAUCGUGUUUUUCUGCAAAAUCAUAUAUCCGAACUGGAACGGAAUAUAAAGGAACUGCGUUCUGAACUAGCCGAUACCCGUGCUCAAUUGGAGGCUCUCGAGUUGCAGACGAAUACAACAGAGAAAACACGAGGAAAUUCCGUAUUCAGCGAGGUUGAAGAUCGUCGCGUUCGAGCAGAAAAUCUGGUACUUCGUCAACGUCAAAUUAUUGACGAGCUACGGUUGCAAAUUAAAAAGAUCGAGGCGGAGUCGAAUCGGAAACUGGUAGAAACGGUUCGCAAAUUGGAAAUACGUUUUCGGGAACGCGACACAAAAUUUGUGGAUGAGUUGGUAGCUGAACGUGCCCGAUUGAUGACCGAGAACAAUCAAUUAUCGAGACGGAUACAACAAAUGGAAGAGCUACAGAAUAUUGGCGACUAUGGGGCUGAUAUCACUCUGUAUGUGUUGUAUGCUAAGGACUCAAAUCGGAGCCAUCCUGGGGUCACCCAGGUUCGGUUUAGAGCGAAUAGAAACUAA